CAUCCGGCGACACGUCUCUGACACCCCGCUGAGCCUCCCGAUGCAUCUUUAUUUAUUUAAACCACUUCAGACUCUUUAUUUAAAGGAAAUGCUGUUUGCUUGACGCUUUCUUCCAGCUUGAAAGCCAGUUUAAAGUGUAGAUAACCGGGUUAGACAACGCCAAUGGGGGAGGUGAGGAAGCUGCAGAAGAAGUUGAGACAGAUUGAAAAUCUGGAAAUAAAAAUCAAUCUCACCCCAGAGGAAAGAUUCAAGAUCUCCAGGAAGGCGGAGCUUCGUUCCAGAUUGGCUGAGCUUCAGCUGCAGCUUUCUGGCCCGCAGCAAACUCUUGGGAUUGUGGGAGACGGAAAAAAGGAGAAGAUGAAAAGACAAGUCACCUGCUUUCUGCACUGGCACAGGGAGGAUGUCCCUGAGGCCCUUCCAUCACAGACGCCUCCAGCCUCCAAGAUCCUUAAGGGAGAAGAGGAGUCCAAAGCUCAAGCAGCGCCAGCCCCGGCUGCCAGGCACAGGGAAGCGGAGAUGGGCAGAGAGCAGGAAAGGACAGAGCUGGCCAAGGUGUCAGAUAACUGUCAGGAUGUGUCAGGAGGCUGCGCAGGCUCUGAUGAGGAGUGGCAACUAUGGCAUGAAGAAGCUGAAUUUACAACCCUCAAAGCGUCGUGGGAGAAGGCGAAGUUUCGCUUGAGGCUGUUGCAGGGUCACAGUGACAUAGUCACCUCCGUGGUUGCUGUUGACAACCUGGUGGUUUCUGGAAGUCGAGAUACGACAGUGAAGGUGUGGCACGUUCCCACUGCAACAGAGCACAAGAACUUAGGAGGUCACACCGGAGGGGUCACCUGUCUGGCAGCACCUCCCCCUGAGUAUUGCAAGAGGCUGGCCUGGUCUCUGUCUUUGUCCGACAAAGAGAGGUUUAUCUUGAGUGGCUCAGUGGACUGCUAUGUGAAGAUCUGGGCCCUGAGCAUUGGGCAGUGUGUUAAGUCUAUCUACACAUUCAACGCUGUGACCGCAUUCUGCUUUGUGCCGGAGGAGGAUGGCUACAUCAUCACUGGAUCAGACGGGGGGAAAGUUCAAGUCUGGAGCUGGGACACUUUCCAAAACUGCCAGUCAGUCAAUGCUCACCAGGAAGCCGUCACCUCCAUCCAGUCUCAGGGUCCGUUGGUGUUCAGCGGCUCGGCUGAGGGAGGGGUGUCUGUGUGGGAGAACCGGGGUGCGGAUAGAGACCCCCUGAGGCUGCUGCACCAGUGGAACAGUCAGGUGACAGGCUGUGGAGGGGGACCGUGCGGGCGCGUAACCCUCAGCCCGCGGGGAGACAGAGUAUUCCUGGCUUAUGGUCAAGCCUGGCUCAAGAUCCUGCAUUGGAGGACCGGAACGAUGUCCAGACUGACCAAUCACAGCAGCAUCACCGGGGUAACAGAUUGUGUUCACCAGACGGGAGGCCUCCUAAUUGGAUCCUGCUAUGAUUUGGCAAAUGGAGAGAGCAGGCUAAAUUUGUUCUCUGUGCCUCAGUGUCGGUACCUGGCCUCUCUGACCUGGCCCAACGCUCCCAGAAUCCUCUGUUUUGCAGCGUGGACCACUGGGAGCGGAGACCACCGAUGGGUCACCGGAGGUCAAGACCUCAUUGUAUGGGAGCAGCUCCCAAGUUCUGGGAGGCAAAGGGGUGACGUCACGGUGAGGACAGACAGUCAAAUGGACUCGUGUUUACUGGAGUCAGAGGGAGACACUGAAGAUGACGAGGAGACUGACGAUUACGAGGAUAACGACGAAGAUGGCGAUGAAGGAAAAGACAGCUGGUCUGCCGCCACGGAGGAGGAUGUAGGGUCCGGCUCGUGGCUCCGCUGCGUUCUCCAGUGAGCGCCGCUUUCUCAUGCUGAGGACACCGCGGCCUGCAGCCAUCAAGAGGAAAUGAGAGGGUGGGAGCGAAGUGACAGCGAGGGAGGGUGCAGGGGUGUGAAGUGUGACAGACUGAGUAUCAGUGUUGGAAGGAGAAAGUGAGUGAGUGUGCGUGUGUGUGUGAUAAGCAGAUUGUUUUCUAUGUAAAUAUUAUUUUCACAUACAAUAAAGCUGUCACACUGUGACUCUCACUCAACAAAUUUGCAU